UGUCUUGAGUAGAUAAGCCCUUCAUCAAAGCGGGAAUUGCUCACACGCUUAUUUAGCAAGCUUUGUCCAGUCUAGAGGCACUUUCUCAUCCAUGGCACUAUCCAUUUCUUCUACUGCACUCUCAACCCUCCCAACAAGGGACUUAUCUCAAAAGUUCUUGCCAGUGAAACUUCCAACAUGCUUAGCAGCAAGAACUCGUGUGAAUGCAGCAAAAGGGGUGUCAAGUGUAUGUGAACCACUCCCUCCGGAUAGACCACUGUGGUUCCCUGGCAGUACAGCACCCGAGUGGCUUGAUGGCAGCCUCCCUGGAGAUUAUGGCUUCGAUCCUCUUGGAUUAGGUUCUGAUCCAGAGUCGCUUAAAUGGUUUGCACAAGCGGAGCUGAUGCACGGCAGGUGGGCAAUGCUGGCUGUGGCCGGAAUUCUCAUACCAGAAUGGCUUGAGAGCCUAGGCUUAAUUGAGAACUUCUCAUGGUAUGAUGCUGGUUCUCGCGAAUACUUUGCAGAUCCCACAACCUUGUUUGUAGUGCAGUUGGCGUUGAUGGGUUGGGCUGAAGGCAGAAGAUGGGCUGAUAUGAUUAAACCAGGGAGCGUCGACAUUGAACCAAAUCUCCCAAACAAGAAGAAGCCAACACCAGAUGUAGGUUACCCAGGAGGGUUGUGGUUUGACCCCAUGAUGUGGGGAAGAGGGUCCCCGGAGCCUGUGAUGGUGUUGAGGACCAAGGAGAUCAAGAACGGGCGUCUUGCCAUGCUAGCAUUUGUUGGCUUCUGCUUCCAAGCCAUAUACACAGGGGAAGGACCCCUGGAAAACUUGGCAGCCCAUAUUGCAGAUCCUGGUCAUUGCAACAUUUUUUCGGCUUUCACAGGACGUUGAUGUCAGAGUACCCUUCAAAGAAGAAUUCCACAUUGCUAUAGAGCCAACAG